CGGGAGAACGAGAUCAAAGGGAUUUGAACAGACUGAGGACUGGCGGGGGGAGGGGGCCAGCCAGCCUGUGGAAUCCUCCCGGAGAGGCGGAGGGUCCGGCUUCCACAGUGACUUCGGCGGCCUGGUUGGGUUUCUUAUUAUUUUCAAAUUUCUGAAUCCAGCUUGAGGGAGCGAGCGAGAGAUCUCCGUAGACUGCGACCAGUUGGCUCUCGCUCCCAGAUGAUGCAGAGCGCAGCUGUCCCCGCCGAGGGGGCUGUCAAGGGGCUCCCGGACAUGCUUGGUGUGCCGAUGCAACAGAUCCCCCAGUGCGCUGGCUGCAACCAGCAUAUCCUGGACAAGUUCAUCCUGAAGGUCCUGGACAGACACUGGCACAGCUCCUGCCUCAAGUGUGCAGACUGCCAGAUGCAGCUGGCUGACAGGUGCUUCUCCAGGGCCGGGAGCGUCUACUGCAAAGAGGACUUCUUUAAGCGCUUCGGCACGAAAUGCACGGCCUGCCAGCAGGGCAUCCCGCCGACCCAGGUGGUCCGCAAGGCGCAGGACUUCGUUUACCACCUGCACUGCUUCGCCUGUAUCAUCUGUAACCGGCAGCUGGCCACGGGGGACGAGUUCUACCUCAUGGAGGAUGGACGGCUGGUGUGCAAGGAGGACUACGAGACGGCCAAGCAGAACGACGACUCAGAGGCCGGAGCUAAGCGGCCUCGGACCACCAUCACAGCGAAGCAGCUGGAGACAUUAAAGAAUGCCUACAAGAACUCCCCCAAGCCCGCCAGGCAUGUGAGGGAGCAGCUUUCCUCAGAGACGGGCCUGGACAUGAGGGUCGUACAGGUUUGGUUUCAGAACAGAAGGGCCAAGGAGAAACGCCUGAAGAAGGACGCGGGGCGGCAUCGCUGGGGCCAGUUCUAUAAGAGCGUCAAGAGGAGCCGCGCAGGCAGCAAGCAGGAGAAGGAGAGCUCUGCGGAGGACGGUGGGGUUAGCGACAGUGAGCUGAGCUUCCGAGAGGAUCAAAUUCUUUCAGAACUUGGCCACACCAAUAGGAUUUAUGGCAACGUGGGGGACGUUACAGGCGGACAGUUAAUGAAUGGGAGCUUCUCCAUGGACGGGACAGGACAAUCCUAUCAGGACUUGAGGGAUGGGAGCCCCUAUGGAAUCCCCCAGUCUCCAUCCUCCAUAUCGUCCCUGCCAUCCCACGCUCCUUUGCUCAAUGGGCUGGAUUACACGGUGGACAGUAACUUGGGCAUCAUUGCACAUGCAGGGCAGGGAGUAAGCCAGACGCUGAGAGCCAUGGCUGGGGGACCCACCUCUGACAUCUCCACAGGAAGCAGUGUAGGCUAUCCCGACUUUCCAACUAGCCCAGCCUCUUGGCUCGAUGAAAUGGAUCAUCCUCCUUUUUAAACAUCUCUCCUCCCCACCCUACCUGUCCUUCUGGCUUGAGAGAAUAUCUUCAAGGAUCAAAAAAGACUUACCUUUUUAGGAUCAGAAGUGCGCCAGUGUGGAAGGAGGUCCUCUGCUGAUCCCUCGGAGGUCAGCGCUUGUAGGGCGUUGUUCUCCUGGGAAGCGGCCGGAGAGCUGCCUCCUCUCAGAACACGGCACAGGGCACACGGCCUAGAGCGCUAGGGUGCUGGCUUGUUGGCUCCCUCCCCCGCCCUGCUUACAAGCUUUGGCUGCUCAGUGCUUGGGAGCACAGGCGACUGUGUGGGCCCACUGCGGCCUGUGGGAACUCUGCUCCAGCUGCUGUGUUUCUUGAGGUGCCUCCCAAACCAGUGCUCUCGCCAGAACUGAGGUUCCUGAGGCAGCGACAUCACAGCCUUUAAGCAUAAUAAAAGUGAUUUCUGGACCA